CAGGUUCUCUAUCAGUAAGAUAUCAGAUUAGCAAACAUGAUUCGGAAUCUUGCACUCAUCCUCGUGAUUCAGGCUGCAACUGCGUGGGCCCAAUACACGUGUCCCGAUGCUGGCUUGUUCUGUGCCAGCUGCACCUCGCUGGCCAUCUGCACAGCAGCUGGAGCAACAGGGAACGAAAUACCUUGCCAGACCGGCCAGCUGUGUGGCGUCUCCGGCUCCUUCGCCUCCUGCUACUCUAACACAGCCACCGAGACCUCCGCGUGUAAGUGCGAGACCAGCGGCGGCUACCUGGUGGAUCCUUACCUGCCCUCCCAGUACUUCCUUUGCCUACCUGGUGGGGAGCAACAGGCCGUCACUUGCGCGGCAACCGAGUCCUUCGAUCCUGAGCAGAACGCCUGCACAGUUAUGCCUGAAAUAACUACUCCGACGCCUCCAUCUUGCUCAGCUAUCGGGUUCUUUGCCGUGUCCUGCACCUCGUACUACGCCUGCACAAGCAGCUCGGGCGAAGGGACGGUGUACGACUGUCCCACCGGCCAGUACUUCCACGAAGUUAAGGGCGUGUGCGUCCCCCCUGAGGAGCUGACGCCCACCCCGUUCUCGUGCGGGAGCGAGGACGGCGCCUUCGGUGACACAGUCAACUGUAGCAUUUUCUACGUGUGUUCCGGCGGAAGCCAGAUCGGGUCCCCCCUCUCAUGCCCCGAUAAUAUGAUUUUCGAUAGUGCAGUUGGAUUCUGUAGUACGGGUACCUGCGAUAUUGAAGUCAGCGUCUGCGCCACCAGUGUCUCUUUGGCGUCAACGAGUCCUGUGCCAUCGACCACAUCUACGUCGACGUUAAGUUCAACAUCAACAUCAUCAUCGACAAGCUCAUCUUCAUCAUCAACUUCCUCUUCAACAUCAACAUCAUCAACUUCCUCUUCAACAUCAACAUCAUCAACUUCCUCUUCAACAUCAACAUCAUCAACUUCCUCUUCAACACCAGCAUCAUCAUCUACAUCUUCCUCUACAUCAUCAGUAUCACCAUCUUCCUCUUCAUCAUCAACAUCAUCUACUUCAACAUCAGUAUCAUCGACUUCCUCUUCAUCAUCGACAUCGUCUCCUUCAACAUCAGUAUCAUCGACAUCAACAUCAACUCCCUCAGUGUCUUCUACUCCAAGCUCAACCUCAACAUCUUCUACUCCAAGCUCAACCUCAACAUCUACUUCAAGCUCAACCUCAACAUCUUCCCCUACAACAACAACCUCAACAACAACGACGACGGCAUCAACGACAACCACAUAUGUGACUCCAACAUGCACUGCCGAUGGCGAUAGUUUCCCUUAUCCAGGCGACUGCACACGGUUUUACUCUUGCGUGAAGGGCGAGCUAAUUCUGUAUACCUGUACCGGAUCGCUGGUUUACAGUCCUACUAGUGGAUACUGCACACUGCUGGAAAAUGUACCCGAGUGUAACUAAGUUCCUUCCUUUGAUAGUUGUCCACUCCACGACCUAAAUCCUCGCACGACUUUCCAUAAGAUUGUUUUUAUUAUGUAUCUUUAAUAAAGCAUGUUACAAAA